AUGGGCUGGAGCAAAGUCGUCGCCUUCCUCAACAAAGGCGUCCAGCGCCGGCCUCACCGCCGCCUGCCAGGGCAGCCUCACCACCAGUGGAAUAUGCUCAAGACGCAGUUGGACCAGCUCGUUCGCUCCGACCGCCUCGAGUUGACGUUACCGCGCGCGCAGGAACUCCAGCAGUACGCGGAGGAAUUGAUUCACUUCGCGAAGCAGAACACUCCAGAGUCUUCGCUGAUCGUCGAGAGCAUGAUCUUCACACCCGCGGCACGCAGGAAGCUCUACCACGAGCUCUGCCCACUCUACGCCCACCGGCCGUUCUUCUACACGCGCGUAGUCAACCAGCACCGCCUGCGCAUGCGCGACGCCGCGCCGAUGGCCUACCUCGAAUUCGUGGAUAGACCCGGCGAAAUCCGCCCUGCGCGCCCAGUGGGCAUCGAGAGGAAGGAGUGCAUUCUGGAGGAGAUGCAGAGCUCGCGCCGCGCCCGACGCCAAUGGUGGAAUCACGCGCGGAAGCUCGGUUUGGUCGACGCGGAGACGGGCGAACUCGUUUCUGAUCUUCGUGAACUUCGAAGACGUCCUUCGCCAGCAGAGUGGGAAGCUUCGGAUAGCGAAGGCGAGGAAGCGCAGCCAGCCGAGCGCGAAUCCUCCUACAAGAUGGUUUCUGCACCCAAGCGUGCGCUGGAGCCUUUCUACGUCGACUUGCCGCCGCCCAUGGAAAGAUACAGGAAGCCGCGCUACGUGUUUAAGCGAUUCCGCCCGUGA